AUGCCCGCCGCCACAGCGCGGCCUCCCAGACGGACACGGCGUUCAACACGGGCGCCCGGAAAACGGACGUGGCCUUCUGGCGGCGCUACGUCGCGACGCGAGCGAGCGCCGCUAGACGCCUUCUUCGACCUGAUCCACGCCUACCACGUGCGGAACGUGGCACGGAGACAGCCGCACCGCGCUCGCCCACGACGUCGGCACGGGGCCGGGCAACAUCGCGGCGCGCCUGCUGGACUGGCGGUGCUUCCACCAGCCGACCAGCUCGCGCGCAUGAGCUUCGUGCGCGCCGGCGCCGAGGGCCUCGCCGUGCAGUCGGCCGAGGCCAUCGGCGGCGGGCCGGGCGUCAAGCGGAAGGUCACGUUCCCUCUCGUGCUGAUUCUGGCUACGCUACGCGCAAGGGAGCGUAACCUUCUUGGCUUCGGUGGGUUGCUGGCGGUUGAUGCCGAUGGUGAUGGUGUAGCAGCUAAAUAUUACACCUAUGAUUACUGGGGGGUUGUAGUAGACGGUUGUCUAUGA